AUGAUGAUACCUAUUUUAGUUCAAAAUAAUGCACAGAUGUAUAUUAAAUCACAUGUGCUAGAUAUAGGUAUUCGCAUAGAUGGUCUGCCCGUGUCUAAAAGUUCUAAAAGUCAGCUAUGGCCAAUUUUAGAUUUCAAUAAGUUAAAAAAAAAUGAUAUACCUAUAGGCAUUUUUCACGGAUUUCAAAAGCCUCAUUUAAUUGAAGAAUUUUUAAAUCCAUUUAUUAAUGAUAUAUUGGAAGUGUUAGAUAACGGGUUAAAUGUAAAUGGGUUAUUAUUUACCAUAAAAAUUUCAAAUAUUUCAUGUGAUUCCCCUGCAAAAGCUUUUUUACUUAAUGUGAAAGGUCACAAUGCCUAUUUUGACUGCACAUCAUGUAUUGAUGAGGGUAAAUAUUUAGAACACCGAAUGACUUAUUCUGACUUAAAUGCACCAUUCAGAACUGAUGAGUCCAUCAGAUUUAAAAAAUAUGAAGAUGACCAUAAAGGAAACAGUCCAUUAAUAAAGUUACCUAUUAAUAUCAUAAAUACUAUUGUAUUAGAUUACAUGCAUAAUGUAUGCCUUGGUGUUGUAUAA